AUGAUAGUAACCGAAAAUAAUGCUGGACUUGACUAUUAUGUAAGUUAUGCCUCCACGAAGAAGGCAGUGCCAGUUUACAUCUCUCAAAUUAGGGUCAAUCUUACAUUAAAAGGUCAAGAAUUGGAGUUGGUGAAGGUCCUAACUAUCUACACCUCACUUGACCUGUCGUGCAACAGUUUUGACGGACAUAUACCUGCGGAAAUAGGAGAAUUCAAAGACCUAUAUGCCCUCAACUUAUCUCACAAUGCUUUUACAGGUCAAAUCCCACAAGCUUUAGGAAACAUUACUGCUCUUGAGUCACUAGACUUGUCGAGCAACAAGCUUAUUGGAGAGAUUCCUCUCCAACUUGCAUAUGGUCUUAUUUUCCUGUCAACCCUUAACCUUUCGUUCAAUCAAUUGGUGGGAAAGAUUCCACAGAUCAAGCAAUUUACUACAUUUACAGAAAGUUCAUUUGAAGGAAAUAUACGGUUAUGUGACUUUCCCAUGAAAGAAAAAUGCAUACCUGAAGAAUUGGGACCGCCACCUCCUCCAUCUAAAGAAUCUCACUGGAAUUCAAUUGAUUGGGACUUCUUAAGUGUUGAAUUGGGAUUUAGAAUCAUCGAAGGCGAGCACACAGGAAUCAAGGACGACAAGCACGAAGGAAUCAAGGUGGGAGGGAUUAGUGACAGUUACGAGGAGCAAUGCUCAAUGACGUCAGGUAUGUCUCCAAUUGAUUUUUUGGCUAGCCAGCUUGAACUGGAUGUAUAG